AUGUUGGUUGAACCAUUAGCUGAGCUCCACCCACACCAUCCUCCACUCCCUCUCCCUCCAGCUCAUCACCUCCCUCCUCCCACUCCUCUCUAUCCCCCUUCCUCACCUCCCUCUGUUGGUUGCCCCACUCCUCUCUCUCCUCCUCCCCCCACCACCCCUUUCUCUCCUCCCCUCCUUGCUGCCGGCGACCGCCAGGGCCGCAUCGCCCUCCUCCACCCCCUCAUUAACAAAUCUGCCAUUCUCUUCCUCGACUCCGAUCACAACUCCAAGUCCGACAUCCAAAACCUCUACUGGAUCCAGACCCAACUCAACAACAACUCAUUCAGAACCCUCACCACCCUCUCUGGACCCUCCCUCCUCUCUUUCUCUCUUCUGCAUCCGACGCAACCUCUUCAACUUGAGAAGGUUCUGUGCCCUAGGACUCAAAGGAUUCUUUCUGUCAUCAUGCACGAGGAUGAGUCAGAGAAAGACGUCGUGUAA